CUUGCCUAGUAUAAUAGGGCGGGCGUCCGAGGAGCCCACCUUAUCGCCGCCAGUCACCCACCCCCCACAACCCCCCCAAGACCUCCCAAAGGCCGCCGCCGCCAUGGCCGCGCAGACCUUCCUCCUCGCGCCGCCCGCCGCCCUCUUCGCCGCCCCCUCUUCCUCCGCACGCCCUUUCCACUCGCUCCGCCUCGUCGCUGGGCCCGGGGGUGCCGCCGCCGCCAGGGCGCUCGUCCUCGCCGACGCCACCAAGAAGGCCGUCGCCGUCCUCAAGGGCACAUCCGAGGUCGAGGGCGUCGUCACGCUCACGCAGGAGGACGACGGACCAACCACUGUCAACGUCCGUGUCACUGGACUUACUCCUGGACUUCAUGGCUUCCACCUUCACGAGUUUGGCGAUACCACCAAUGGAUGCAUAUCGACAGGACCACAUUUCAACCCAAACAAUAUGACGCACGGUGCGCCAGAAGAUGAAGUCCGCCACGCGGGUGACCUGGGAAACAUUGUUGCCAAUGCUGAGGGAGUCGCUGAGGCAACCAUUGUUGAUAAUCAGAUUCCUUUGAGCGGCACAAAUUCAGUUGUUGGGAGAGCAUUUGUGGUUCAUGAGCUUGAAGAUGAUUUGGGGAAAGGCGGCCAUGAGCUUAGCCUCAGUACUGGAAAUGCUGGCGGAAGACUGGCAUGUGGUGUUGUUGGCCUGACUCCAUUGUAGGUCGCUCGCUCGCCGGAUUGCAGUUGAGACUCCAGUGUCACAUCCAUGGUGGCCUUUUGGCUUGAAUCGUGUUAUUGGGACAGCGCCUUUUUUGUAUUACAUGGAUCCGCACCAUGCAUGGUGUGGUGGUUAUUAUAUAGCCUUCGCAGGUCGGUCGGUCGGUCGUAUAAAAAAAGAAGUAAUAUGUAGUUGAGGAAAUAAGUGUUGUCUCACAUAAUCGUAAAGGUCGAUCUAUGAAGCACUAUGAACAUCAACUCUUUACUGCCAUGUUUUGUUGUUGUACCUGUAAAACGUUUCAUCUUGCAUGUGUUUGUUAUUGCAUUGUUACUGGACAUCCAUGUUUAUCAUGCAUAAAUAAGAUGAUUAUCUGCAAGCUAG